AUGGAGCCCGAGGCGAUUGCGAUUCUCUUCCUGAACCAGAGCGAAAGGCCCCCCCGGGGGGAAUUCAACCUCUCGGGGGAGGAGCAGGACACCAAGGCCCUCUUCGGCAUCGGCAUCGAGAACUUCCUCACCCUGAUCGUCUUCGGCGUGAUCUUCGCCUUGGGGGUGCUGGGCAACUCGCUGGUGAUCACGGUGCUGGCCAGGAGCAAGCCGGGCAAGCCCCGCAGCACCACCAACAUCUUCAUCCUCAACCUGAGCAUCGCCGACCUGGCUUACCUGCUCUUCUGCAUCCCCUUCCAGUCCACGGUCUACGUGCUGCCCACCUGGGUGCUGGGCGCCGUCAUCUGCAAGUUCAUCCACUACUUCUUCACCGUCUCCAUGCUGGUCAGCAUCUUCACCCUCUCCGCCAUGUCGGUGGACCGCUACGUGGCCAUUGUGCACUCCCGCCGCGCCUCCGUCCUGCGGGUCUCCCGCAACGCGCUGCUGGGCGUGGGGCUCAUCUGGGCGCUCUCCAUCGCCAUGGCCUCGCCCGUCGCGCACCACCAGCGCCUCUUCCACCGGGACGCCAGCAACCAGACCUUCUGCUGGGCGCAGUGGCCCAACCCCCAGCACAAGAAGGUCUACGUGGUCUGCACCUUCGUCUUCGGCUACCUGCUGCCGCUGCUGCUCAUCUCCUUCUGCUACGCCAAGGUCCUUAAUCAUCUGCAUAAAAAGCUGAGAAACAUGUCAAAGAAGUCAAAAGCAUCCAAGAAAAAGACAGCCCAGACUGUGCUGGUGGUGGUGGUGGUUUUUGGCAUAUCUUGGCUGCCACAUCAUGUGAUCCACCUCUGGGCUGAAUUUGGAGUUUUCCCACUGACUCAAGCUUCAUUUCUCUUCAGAGUAACAGCGCACUGCCUGGCUUACAGCAAUUCUUCUGUAAAUCCUAUUAUAUACGCAUUCCUCUCUGAAAAUUUUAGGAAGGCCUACAAACAAGUCUUCAAAUGCCAGAUAGAUAAUGAAUCACCUCUGAAUGAUGUUAAAGAAAGUAAAAGUCCGAUAGAUACAGCACCGUCUACCAAUUGUACUCAUGUGUGA